AUGCACUUUGAUCUCCUCAGCCUCAAAACCAGGAAGAGCAUUUCCCAGCUCCUAUGCAGGAAGAACGAUACUGAGAGCAACUCGUCUGGCGUCGAUCGUAACCUGAUCGAGAGGGGGACAACUCCAGGUCCCUCACCAGACAAAGCUUCCGUCCGACCAAACGCAAACGAUUCGCCGUCGAGCAACGAGAGUCCCUCAAGGCGCAAGGGUCUUGUAGGUUCACUGAAAGAGAACAAAUUGCGAAGCAUCAACUCUUUACGGAGUCUGCGAUCACCAACCAAGGCGAAGCAACCCGAGGUAGAGACUUCGCCUUGUGCUGAUAGCCCUCGCACUCCAAUGCCCCGCCCAAGGUCGUCUCUUCUCCUCAGUUUCCAAGAGUCACCGGUCGAUGAGCCCUUAUUUGACUUAAGUCGCACGGACUCGACCGAUUUUGGCCAUGAGUUUUGCUAUUCGUCACCACUGCCUAUCCCUUCAUCAGAAAAUCAAAAUCCGCAAUCAUUUGACUUGCCCUCUGCUAUACCUGAUGGCACUAUCCCUUCUUCACCAGCUCCACUCCGGAGGCUCUUAGACCAGGACCAGAAUGAAGAUUAUCCAUCACCAAUGUUCGGCCCGGCAUUCGACCUGGAUUUAACUUGCGUGGACUUAUUGGCUCCCCUUCAGGAUGAUAUGCAGGAGCCUCACCAGAUCCAAGGCACUUCACAAGAAAUGACUGGAAUCGUCCAAGCCGCCGCAGAACACCGCCAUGUUCCAACCAGAAGUUCUGAAAGCGAACAAUCCAAUACUGACAACAUCACGGAAUUGGUCAAUGAUCGUCGAUUCAUGCAAGGAGACUCCACCGUUCACGAACUGACGGAAAAGUUUGAUCAGCACUGCCUUGAUACGAAUGCAAGCACGACAGACCCUUCUAACAAUGUGUUGAUGAUCAUCGGCAAGGACUACGUGUUGAGAGUCUUUCACAAUGGAGAUCUCAAACGCCGCAUCCGUAUCGCGGUAUAUAACGGCCACGCCUAUGCCCCUAACAACGAGUCGGAGAUGAUUUUUGCCCGUCGUGAGGAAGACUUUGCUGCGGCGGAAAGGAUAUUGCCUGAACUCGACAGAUUCGUUGUGCUGAAUAGGGAUAAGCUUGGAAACACGAACAGGGAACUGGUGCUCGAUGAGGCUCUUGCAGAAGGUAUACUUCCCGAAUGGCUGGAUCUCGACCUGGACAUGGAGAGUACCGAGCGAUUGCAUAGCCGUAUCAGCAACGCUGGCAAGCGACAGAACCGCGAGAGCACGUGGGGACAGCAUGCCGGGCUCUACGACGGAACUGGCUAUGGAACGGGAUCUAGCUCGCGUUCUUCGACGGCGGCCGAGACUGGGAUGGACGAUACUUGCCGUUAUGUUGAGAAAGGCAAUCCCGAGGACGAUAUUGCCGAUAUACUCCCUGGUGUUUACGAAAAGACCUAUCCAUGUCGCUCGACACCCGACUCGUCUCGCUAA